AGCUGGUAGGAUGUUGCCAGCAGAAAAAGAAACCCGUCAAAGACAAUUAAAGGGAGAACAUUUGAUGAAUUCUGCACUAAGAGACAAUAUAAAUAAAAACUACUGGACCGUCAAUUCUGAAACAAUACAAGGAGAGCGACCACAAGCUAACUUUGAAGAAAGACCACAAGCUAACUUUGAGGAGAGAUCACAAGCUAAUUUUGAGGAGCGACCACAAUCCAGCAUUAAUGAUCAACUGCAAAUCAGUAUUGAGAAUCAAUUACAAUUCAAUGCUACUGAACAAUUACAACCUAAUACAACAGAACUCCCACAACAAGCACAACUUACUACUGAAGAACUUAUUUUUAACAUUCAAAGCCUAACAAGAGCCCUUGAUGACCUUGAUAUUAACCGAUUACAAGUUGUUCACGACCAAUUAUCAAGAGUUAUUAGUGAUGUUCGAAGACAGGAAAGGAAUUUUCAGAAUGGUGACUGGGUAGGUGAAAACCAGCGGGUAAAAUUCCCACCAAACAUGGGGUUUAACAAACAACGAAGAUAA